CGUUAUCCUAUGGGAUUUCUCGAUUGUAAAGGAGUGGUUUAAUACUGUACGGAGCGGGAGUAUCGGGAAGUGAUAAAUCGGCAACAAUUCGAUAAAAUAAAAAAAAAAACUUGGGUAGUUACUCUAGACACUUCCUGUACUAUUUGUUUAAUAAUUUACGAAGUUUAUUCGGGUUUUAACACACAUUCUACCGCUGUAGUAUGUGACAUUUAUACAGCAAAUAUUCAUCCACUUAGGAUUAAACUCUUAUAUACCUACCUACUAUAAUAAUAAUAAUAAUAAUACGUGGGUAUAGUUCGCGAGAGGGUUGAGUAAUCGCGUAAAAACAAUUGGCGCUGACAGCGGGUGUAUCGAUCGUCCAUUUCCCUAAUGUCUGUGUUGCAAGGGUUAAGAAUAGUCUACCAUUAAAUCUUCCAGGGCAAACAGAAAUAUCAAAAAAUGGUGCAGGACCUCACGUAAUCUACUGCGCUUAUUGGGCAGUAGGUUUAGAGAUGCCCACUAUGCUCUCGGUUUUAGAAGAAGAAGAAGGCACCGUAAAUGGAUUUCCUUCUCACGUGGACGCCAGUGCAAUAACAAUUUUACCUCCGAGUCCGACUAAUAAGCCGCUCAAAACUUUUUUGGACGUACAAACGCUCGUGCUGCAGGGACGUAAACAAGAUGUUAAGAACAUACUUCGUAAUAACGGCUGGCCUGUAGAUAAUUUAAUUAGGAAACAGUUAUGGCCAAUGUUAUGUGGACAGCAUCACAACAGUAAAUCAAGUGAUUCGGAUGGAUUUUACUGGGACAUGGUUACGCAAGUGUUUGGUAGUACGGAAAUUCCCGACAAAUCGGUUAGCUUACCUCCGUUUGUGGAACCGGCUCACUGCCAGGCUUACUAUCUUACACAUCGUGGACGUAGUAUAGCGGAUCGUGUAGUGUCUGUUCUCGGAUACGCUUGCCCAGAUAUUGUGUAUAGUCCCAGUUUAUAUCCCAUAUGUGCACUGCUUCUUCAUUUCAUGUCGGAAGAAGAAUGCUACCACUGUAUGACCAACUUGGUGUCUGCUAAGGAAAAAAUGUUUAUAACGCAAACAAAAUUGUUGUUUGAAGUAACCUGGAAAACCGUUAUGCAAAUAGCAAAAAAACAUGUGAAAGCAGCUGCCGUUCACCUCCAAAGGCACUGCCCUACUUCUAGAGUGGAAAGAAUUUACAUCGACUGGAUAUGGUGGAUUCUUCAAGGUCUCCCGUUCUCUCAUUUGGUACGAGUUAUCGACUGCUUUUUACAUGAAGGAAUUAAGGUUUUCUACAGAGUAGCAAUGGCAAUCCUGCUAUUGUUUCACAAAAGCUCAUCAUCGUCAAGCUCCGAAUGGAUGGCAGAAAUACAAAAAAAUGGAGUCGAUGUAGCCUUAAUCAAAUUUUGUAAGGAAAUGCCCGUACCACCACAAAAAGUGUUAAAAUUUGCGUUUGGGAUUAGAGGCCUUAGUUCGGCGUACAUAUCCAGGGUAUUUCUACGUACUGAGAUGGUACUAAAGAGCAAAACUGUCAUCAGUGGAUCACGACAGCUAGUACGCUCUAGAUCGACCGAAAAUUUGCCAAACAGUCAAAGUCAAAAUAAUAUCCAAAUGGUAUCCCAUACUCUUACAAUUAGGGAGGGAGCACAUUCUCCAGGUCCUCGAUCACUUUCUAUGGGAAUUUAUCCCAUACAGAAUAUUAAUUCUCGUAUUCUCAGUCAUCAUAGUCUCUUGACACUUUGGUCCUGGCUGCCAGUUAGAAUCACAAUGUACCAACCGAUACUAUUGUACACGACCGAAGAACACGGUUGUUCUCUCACUACGUUCUAUGUACGAGUGGAACAGCAUGAACCGACACUUCUUAUGAUAAAAACGUGCAAUAAUGAAGUAUUUGGUGCUUAUUGUUCAUCCCGAUGGUGUGAAAGGAACGCAAAGGACAAUAGAGGUCAAAGGCAAGCAUAUUUUGGUACAGGAGAAACUUUUCUUUUUUCUUUAUAUCCCGAACGUUCCAAGUAUCCAUGGGUUGGUAUUGAGGGAGAUAAAGUACAACAUGGUGCUGAACUGUUUAUGGCCGCAGAUUCGAAAAUGAUCACAAUUGGAGGAGGUGAGGGACAAGCAAUAUGGAUGGAUGAAAACAUUCGUUAUGGUAAAACAGAUCAUUGCCAAACAUUCAAUAAUCCGCCAUUGUGUCCAAGUGGAGAUUUUGAAAUAAGGGUGUUGGAAGUUUACGGAUUCUCUAACGAGGCUUUAAAUUAAUUUUCGGUACAUAGCCACUAUGUAUCUUUCCAAGAUCUCGAUUUUUACGUAUAAAUGCAUUCCACAAAUUGGAAGUACAUCUGCGAACUUCCUGUGUGGUCAAAGAGAACAAAAAUGAUCCUAUUGCUAUAUCAAAUUUGUUUCCGAUAACUUUUCUUGACGCUAACUAGUAUUCUAGUCUUACUUUCGUGAUUAAGCUAAUUUUAUUAUUAUUACUAUUGUGUUAAGCAAGAUUACGCUAUAUAUACAUAUAUUUGUUUGUUACUCCUUUGUAAAUAUUUCAGACAGUUUUGUUAUAACUAGUGCAAACAUAUUUAAAGAAAAUCUAUUUUAAGUUUUUGUAUAGUGUUAACUUUUCUGUUAAGUUUUUCUCAACACAUUUGCAUAUUGUGUUAUAUUGGCAAAAUUCUCUCCCAUACUUCAUAAAUGAUGUUUUCUUAUUUAUUAACCUACCCUUUUGGACAUUGAGAAGACAAUUUCAAUAAAUGGAUGACGCAUUGUAUAUUGUUCAUAGUGUAUUUGUGUAAUGUAAAUAAUGUUUUAUUACAAUCUCUAAUUUAUUCAUUAAGAAUUAAAAAAAGAACUAAUGUUUGUCGAGUUAAAUUGUAUCCAACUGCUGUUUGCUUGUGAUUCAUCGAAUUCUUUUCCUUUUUUGAAAUUCUGUUAUUUGGAAACAAAGCAUAUCUUAGCGAGCAACGAGAUAAUAUUCAUUUUUGAAAUUGCUUAAAACAGCGAAUUUAUAGUGUGACUAACAAACACCAAAUUCAACAUAGGGCCAUUCAGUACAAAGUUCAGUGUGUUUAUAGGUUAUGUAAAAUUGUGUAUACUUCUUAAUAUAUUAAAAAUUGCAGCCAGAUUUCUUUGUCUGUUUUUUGUCGAGUGGACUAGAGCUAUUUAAUCACUGCAGGUCGGUUGCACAAAAAGGCUAAUUCUGUGUUGGUGUUAAUCCCUUUUUAAAGAAAUGUCGUUAUUAGGUAAUGUGAUUCAAUUUUAAAAUUAACACUUUUACAAAACCAAACCUGGACGUGUUUAGUUGUAAUUUUAAAUUGUCAUAAUCCGGAAAAUCUAUGUUUUAGUGUAUAGAGUCUGCUUCUUAUAAAUAACAUGUUUAACAGAAAUAUGUAUAGUUAUGCUGCUUAUUUAAUUGUUCUAUAUUUGUGUAUAUAUAUUUAGUUAGCAAUAAUGGCUAAUGUGAUAUUGGGCAAAACGUAUCAGUUUUGCGGCCUAAUGUGUGUUGCAAAUAUUUGUUGUUGUGGUUCGUGUCAAAAUUUGUUAAAAUUUCAUCUGACUGUUGUGUAAUGUAGUUACCCCUUUUGUUGUUUAUAUUUGGACCAAUGUAUCUAAUGGUCAUUGGUACAUCACUUAAGUUAAAAAUAUAUACGAUAAAUUUGCCAUUA